UUUUUUUUUUUUGCUUCUUUUUCUUUUUAAUUUCGUGGGAUUUUAUAAUAAGAGAAAAAAGAGAAAGAAUAAGCAAAAAGACUCUAAUUUGAUCAAGAAUGACAAAGCUAAAUUCAUAAAGCAUGAAUCUUUUUGUAUUUUGGUAGGUUUUUAGAGGGAAAAAAAACACACUUUUUUUCUCCAUUUUCUUGUUGAAGCUCAAUAUUCUCUAUAGAGUAUCGUUGGGGUACUUGAUUUUUUUUGUUCUCCUUUGUUCUUUUAUGAAAAAAAAUAAUCCAAACUUGGUUGAGAAUGUCAAAAACAUAAUAUAAAGUUUGAGUCUUUUACUAAAGUUCAAAAACUGUCACAACAUAUAUUUUAUCCUGUUACCUUAUAAUUUUACAGGUACUGUCACUUUUUGUGCUGAUCAUCAAGAAAAGCUUAUAUCAAUGGCAGAUUCAGACAAUGAAUCAGGAGGACACAGAGAUAACAGCAAUACUGAAAGUUCCCUAAGAGAACAAGACAGGUUCCUUCCAAUAGCAAAUGUAAGCAGAAUCAUGAAGAAAGCUUUACCAGCGAACGCGAAAAUAUCAAAAGAUGCUAAAGAGAUAGUUCAAGAAUGUGUUUCUGAAUUCAUAAGUUUUAUCACUGGAGAAGCAUCAGAUAAGUGCCAGAGAGAAAAGAGGAAGACCAUUAAUGGUGAUGAUUUGAUGUGGGCAAUGACAACUCUUGGUUUUGAAGAAUAUAUUGAGCCACUUAAGGUUUAUUUGCAGAGGUUUAGGGACUUAGAAGGGCAAAAAAGUGGUGUGGUUGGAGAGAAAGAGGGUAGUGGAUCAGUGAAUAUGGGUGGUAGUUAUGUUGAGGAUUAUGAUAUGGUGAUGAUGGGGGGUCAGCAUCGUCAUCAAGGACACGUGUAUGGUACCGGAGUAUAUGAUCGGACGAAUGAUAAUGUUGCUGGUGUUGAUACUGCAGGGUCUCAGUUUCUUGAUGUUGGGAGACCAAGGUAGUGUUGAUGAAAUAUUAUGACAAUUAUAUGGAGUCAAGACAAUGUGACAAUCCCGGAUUACUAAGAUGUAUCGAGACUUGAAAGAGCAUUACCUGUAUCGGAUUUGCUUAAACUGUCAACAGGUCAAGUACGGGCGUUACAGCUACUGGAGGACAUAAUCAGACUUAGUAGGGGCUAUAUUCUACAGACAUGUAAAUUGGUAAAUAUGUGUGUACAUUACAAUGUGGUGUAAACAUGGUAGUUUAACGUGUUGUAAUUGUCUACUCAUA